AUGGUGCUGGAAAGAAAAAGACAAGGCGUCAUUUCGGGUUCGAUAACUUGGAAAAACAGAGAAUACAUUGAAAUCUUUGAUCGAGAUUACAAGUAUCUUUACGGAGAAGUCGAAGAUCUGUUUAUUGCAUAUGGCUCAUGGGUGGAAUAUGACAUUAUCGAUGCGUCUGUUGGGCACCCAAAAAACUGUUUCAAAGAAGCAAUUAACGUAAAUAUGGAUGUGAAGAAAUCGAACGCACCAACGACAGAUGAGUUUGGAAAAACAGAAAUGAAAGUUCGCGAUUUCAAUAAAGUCGAUUUUUUUCAAUAUAACACGGAAGGAGGUCAGCUGACGCACAAAUCAACUGUUCGCUGUAACAUUGCCACUGGCAACUACUUCAACGAGUAUUAUGGUGAUGUCAUUGAUGUUAUGCUGAAUUUGAUUCCAUCAGACAAAUAUUGUGGAAAUGGACCACAUUGGGAAGUCACGCACUUUAUCAACCAAGGAAAGAUGUACAGCAUCAAUGGAUACCUCUCAAUCCUUGGACUUGUGCUCCGCGGCCCUGGCGGCGUGGUUCGUAACCGUUCUGACGUAACGAUCCCACCAGACUCUCUUCGUCCUAUACGAAAUGAUCGAGAUCAACGAGUUGCAUCACCUGAAAGCAAUUGGGAAAAUUCAAUUACUACGAAUGUUCAGGAAAAAAAUAAAAAUACGAAUAUUGCAAUCAAAGAAAUCGAAGCUAACAAUGAUCAAUGGAAAACACAAUCGGCAUCUACUAACAGUUCUGCCGAACCUGUGAACAGUAUCAAACCUCGUGGAUUGGCUGGAUUUGGAGCUUUUGGAGCUUUUGGAGCGACAAAUCCAACAGUAGCAGCUCCGACAACUGAAAAACGGGAAAUGUGCGGCGUUCAGAAUUCUACAUCGCAAAAACCUCUCGUUGCAACAACUCAUUCCCGCCUAGUGGGAUUUGGAAGAUCUUCUGGGUCUUUUGGAGUGGCAGACAACCCGCAACGUUUUCCGCCUGAAUUCAGAGCAAAUUCUGGAUGUUUCGCCGCUUCAUCUGGAACUUUCGGAUCUGAAACACGAGUCAAAGCUCCCGUACAAGUGAUAAAUGAUGACGAUUUUGAGACUCCGGAAUUGGCUUCGGAUACUUCACGUAUUCAUACUUUCGAGAAAAUAGGCUCACAGGAAGAUCAGAAGAACACGAUCCCCGAUAAGACUUCAGCAGCGAAAAAACUAAAUGAGAAUGAUUUCGAUGAUGAUUGGGGAGAAGAGUCUGCAUCAACAAGAUCCCGUGUUCCACAAAGACAGAGCAACAUUCGACUUCCGCCACAAUCCAAAAAACCUGGUCUUUCCAAAUAUAGCAAUUCUAAUUUUUAA